AUGGCGUCGGCGUACGCGCCACCGAACAUACCGAUACAACCGAAAAAUGGUAUGAUACGGACAUACGAUAACCAUGAGAGGACAUUCACGCGACCAUAUUCGGCAAAGACAGUGUUCUUCUAUAAAGAAGGAGAUGAAUAUUUUACGGGUAUCCGAGUGCCGGUAUCGAAGAAUCGUUACCGUACAAUAGACAGCUUGUUGGACGAUCUUAAUGCUAAUAUUGACAUGCCGUUUGGUGUUCGGCGAUUGACCACUCCCAUGGGACGCACAGCUAUCAAUGAUAUCGACCAGUUGGAGCAUCUUGGAAAAUACGUCGCCUCAUCAUCCAAAUACAGUCGCGGGAUCAAUCUGUCCGCUUUGGAACGGCUGAAAAAGGCACGUGUACAAGCUCAUCAAAGUCUACAUCGAGAAAAUCCCGGUGGCCAAUCAUUUUGGGUCCCGACAUCCCCAUCCUAUAAACAAAAACUUAGAAUGAGUCGAACUCUUGGCCUCAACGUCCUACCUUCGCGACAGGUGUUCUUCGUCCUGAACGGAAAAGGAAGAUUUUAUCGUACACUUUUAAAUCCACUGCGACUGCCUAAUAUGGAAGCAUUACUGCAUGAAAUUAGUGAGGGACUACAGGUAGCGAUUUUCCGACUCUACAGCAUGAAUGGUGUAAGGGUUCUCAACGUCAGUGAUAUCUUGAACCUAUCACCACCGAAAGUAAUUGCUUGCCCAAGGAGUGAACGACCCUAUCUGGGAACGACCAUGCUACCGAGCAUCGAUGCACACACCAAUAAAACUAGUAAAUCAAGUAAAUCAACAUCCGAUACUUCGUACACGACAAGCAGCUCAACUGAGAAUGGAAUUGAGAAGAAAUCAUUUUCCAGUGCACUCAAAAGAAACACGAGAAGGACAACAGGAGCUAGGAAAAAGCUGACCAAACAUUUACCAGCCAUUUCCAAGGAAAUACCAAAGGCGAUACCCCUGAAACGAGCUGAUGACAGCGACUCCGGCAAAGCGAACUCGAUCAGCAGUAGGUUAACAGACACCCCGAAAUUGGACGAAGAAUCUGAGUUCAAGUUCAAUGCAGAGUUGGAGAAAACGCUCAGAGAAGCGGAAAAGCUGCUUAUUGAAGAAGAUGAUGAAAGCGCAGAAGCCGCACAAGCAGUUGACAGCGGUAGAGCUAAUAGUGAAACUUCGAGAAGCCUCGAGCAAGAGGAGGAGCGUCCUUCAUCCUCGCAAAUCGUGAAUUUAAUACACUCGGGAAGGAGCACAAUGUCUGAGGCGGAGAGGAAAGCGGAAAUGAUAAGAAAAGAGAGGUUAGGGGAGACUGACGAGGAAGAUUUUAUAAGAGACGAUGACAGCGAUCCCGUAGCUGGAGCAGGUUCUGACAAGGAGGAGAUACUGGCUUCUGAUGCGGAAGACGUUGGGCAGAUUGUGGCGGAACGUAUGGUUCACACCUCAGAUUCUCAAAAAGAGGAGAUUCUGCCAUCGGAGGAUGAAGCUGAGCCCAAUAAAAUCGUAAUCAGACCACCAACUGCUCGUUCUGUAAUUUCACAAGCAUCGAAUCGUGAAGUUCUCAAGACUCCUCGCGACCGCCCAACAACAUCAGCUGACAGUAAUCGUGAAGAAAUUCUUCCUUCCGACAACGAAGAGGAAGCUCCCAAACGUUCAGAAGAAUUAGUAGAAUCUCCUGAAGAGGAAAAGUUAGAAGCUAACUUAGAUGAUCAGCCACUGCCAGCAAAUGAUGGUAAUGAUGAAGACGAAAUCAAAAAACAGCACGAAGCUGCCACGAAAAUCCAAGCAGCUUUUAGAGGAUAUAGGACUCGAAAACAGUUGGCAGUUCGGUUCCUUGAGAGUCAGCCAGAAAUUAUUCCAAGCAUUCCAGAAGAAACAACUGCCGAUGCACCAUUGGAACCAGUCCCAGAAGAGGAAGCAAAAGAAGAAAUCGCUGCCGAGACAGUAUCGUUAGGAGAACGACAGGCUACACCAGGACCAGGAAGAGAGAAAAAAAUGACCUACACUAUCUCGAUAACCACUGGGAAUCGCUGGGGAGCCGAAACGGAAGCAGAUCUCUACGUGCAGCUAUUUGGAGAUGAAUUAACAAGCCGAAAGUUUUAUCUGAAGCAAGAGAAUGGUAAGACUCGCUUUCGGCAGCGUCAUAUGGAUUCGUUCCAUGUGGAGACCGAAGAUCUUGGUACUAUCAAUCAGAUUAUUAUAGGACAUGAAGAAGAGGGAUACGGAGCUGGAAUUUUCAUCGAUUAUGUGCUGAUCACCGAAAACGUAAUAGAAGGCCGUCAAUUCGUUUGCUAUUGCUCAAAAUGGUUUGAUAGCGGACAAGUUGAUGGAAAGAUCGAAAGAACAUUGCCCGUCGCUGCGUUCUACUACCUUAGCAGUGUGCCAGAAGAAAACGUAACAUCACAGGGACGCUGGGAAUUCAUUUUGCACAACGGAAUGGAAGAUGGAAAAGGUGGAACAACGUCUAAUCUCGUAAUUAUUGGUUACGGUACAACCGGCAGCUCUAUGAUGAACAUUACCAAUGAUAAAACCAUGCGUGAUGUACCUGAUACCACACUCAUACAGGUUGACUUUGGCGCAAUUGGUGAUCUGUUGAAAGUCCGAUUCGAAGCGGAUGGAGCUGGAGAUAGACCAGAUUAUUAUUUGGAAUGGGUAGAGCUGAGAGAUUUGGACACAGAUGAAAGGAUAGCCGUUAGAGUUGCCAAAUGGUUGGAUGUUACUGGGAAACAUACGAAAAAACCACAAGCAUUCCGUGAGAUUAGCGUUUUCCGUUCGGGAGACCAGCCUUUGGAACUCCAAAACUACGAGGGAAAAGUAGCUGGUGGUGACAUGCGGUUACUCAAAGACAACUCGCUACAAGCACAGCUUAUCGGAGAAUUCAGUGAUAGUGGAGUGUUUCCAUUGAUAUAUAAUUCUAAAAAGAAGGACUACUCCUUCAAAGUUGAAUGCGUCCACUUAGGAAGAAUCAACUGUAUCAAAAUCAUCGGAAAUUUCACGGAGCAAGGAGAAGCAGUUAUGGAAGGUUUCUCGGUACUUCAAGACAUUUGGGAUAAACACGUAGGAAGUGUAGAAGUAGCUUCGAGUAUCAUGGCUGUGUCAGCUCAUGUUCGGGAGUCUACUCAUUGCCCAUAUCGAUAUGUUCUUCGAGAAAGUAAAAUUCGAGAACUUGAGGAGGAAAAACCUUACUUCAAAGUGCUCACAUUCACUGACAUGGAAGGACUAACGACGCGCAAUAAAAAACACAAGUUCACAUCAGAAAAUGACGACUGGGUGUUGCAGAUGUCUAUUGAGGGCCCAAGCAGGAUAACACCAGAAGUGUCGCUUUGUUCUGGACAUCUAUCACAUACCAUGGAAUAUCAGCCAGAUAGUUCUACUGACGUGGUUUAUACUUAUGGGAUGAAUGGCCCAACAAUUGGACCUCUUCAUAAGGUCCGAGUUGGAGUAGGCGAAAUGGAACGAGCAGAGCAUGUUUAUAUCAAAAAGAUGAGACUAGAAAACCAAGUCACCAAGACAAUUCUGCGGUUUCCGAGUGUUGAUACGGAAUUCGAAAGUCAUCAGGCAUUCGAAUUUUCUCCGGUAUAUCCGGAUAUACAACCUACGCUGAACAUUCUCUACACCAUAACCAUGAAAACGGUAGCAAGUACCGGAGCAUUCCAACCUCUAUUCAAUCUCAUCGGUGACGACGGUGAGAGCGGACUGCGAAAAUUUGUUGAUGAUUCGAAAUUCGAUGAAGAGGCGCGCCAUGAAUUUGACGUCGAUGCCGUGAAUCUUGGUUCAUUACGCGAACUCGAAGUCAAGAUUGAUGGAGAUGAGAAGUCAUCUUGGUUGGUGGAUAUCGAAGUUGGACUGGUCGAUAGUGGCACUCGAUAUGUUGCAGGACAAGCGAACAUACCCGCUUUUGGACAAAUCGUGCGACUACCAUUGCAACAGUCAUAG